CCAAUGAUCCCUCAAAUCAUUCCACUUAUAUACUUCUUCUCUUCCUCUUCUCCUUCCUUACAACAACCAUCUUAAAGCCUCUUACUCUCGCAAAUGGCUCUUAGGUCUCUUACAUUCCUUUUUGGGUUACUUUUGUCACUCUCUUGUCUUUCUCAUGCAAUCAAUAAAAACCAAUCUGAGUUCUUCACCUUGAUGAAAAAGACUGCCUUGGGGAACUCCUUGUCUAGCUGGGAUGUCUCGGGAGGGAAGCCUUAUUGCAUGUUCAAUGGAGUUAGCUGCGAUGAUCAAGGUGAUGUUGUUAAAAUCGAUGUCUCCAGUUGGUCACUUUCAGGUGACUUCCCCGAAAAUGUGUGCUCUUACCUGCCAAAAUUGCGAGUGCUCCGCCUUAGCCGCAACAAUUUCAGUGGCAACUUUCCUGUCAGUAUCGUCAACUGCAGCUUCUUGGAAGAGCUGAACAUGAGUCGAUUGUAUCAAUCAGGAACUCUUCCUGAUUUCUCGUCUAUGAAGUCUCUGAGGAUACUUGAUUUGUCAUACAAUCACUUUGUGGGCAACUUCCCCAUGUCAAUCAUCAAUCUCACCAAUCUGGAGGUGCUUAACUUCAAUGAAAACCAUGCUUUCAACAUAUGGGAACUCCCAGAGAACAUUUCCAGGUUGACAAAGCUCAAGUCUAUGAUCUUGACAACGUGCAUGGUGCAGGGUACGAUCCCUACAACAAUAGGAGAUAUGACAUCUCUUGUUGAUCUUGAAUUAAGUGGAAAUUACCUUGUUGGUAGAAUUCCAGCAGAGAUUGGGUUGUUGAGGAACUUAAAACAGCUUGAACUCUACUACAACCAACUUGUUGGCAACAUACCUGAGGAGCUUGGAAAUCUAACGGAGCUCAUAGACCUGGACAUGUCUGUCAAUAGGUUGACGGGCAAUAUCCCAGAAUCCAUUUGUCGUCUUCCCAAGCUCCAAGUCCUACAGCUUUACAACAACAGCCUUACAGGAGAAAUCCCAAGUGCAAUUGAAAAUUCAACGACCUUGACAAUUUUAUCACUUUAUGACAAUUUUUUGACAGGAGGAGUUCCACGAAAUCUAGGACAUUCAUCACAUUUGAUUGUUCUAGAUUUAUCAGAAAACUAUCUGUCGGGUCCAUUGCCAGCAGAGGUUUGCAAGGGAGGUAGACUGCUUUACUUUCUUGUACUUGAUAACAUGUUCUCUGGAAAUUUACCAUACACAUAUGAAAAAUGUGAGACUUUACUACGGUUUCGAGUUAGUCAUAAUCGUUUAGAGGGACCCAUACCUAAAGGACUUUUGAGUCUUCCCCAUGCCGCAAUCAUUGACUUGGGCUACAAUAAUUUGACUGGAAACCUUGUUGACACAAUUGGAAAUGCUAGAAAUUUAUCAGAACUGUUCAUACAGAGUAAUAGGAUUUCAGGUGUUUUACCACCUGAUAUCUCCGGUGCUACCAAUUUGGUGAAGAUUGAUCUUAGUAAUAAUUUGUUGUCUGGUCCAAUACCUUCAGAAAUUGGCAAGUUGAGAAAGCUAAAUCUGCUGCUGCUACAAAUCAACAAGUUCACAUCUCCCAUCCCUGAUUCACUUUCUAUGCUAAAAUCUCUCAAUGUUCUUGAUCUCUCAUACAACCAGUUGACCGGAAGUAUCCCAGAAAGCCUAUCUGAAUUGUUGCCUAACUCUGUCAACUUUUCAAACAAUUUGCUUUCUGGUCCAAUUCCUCUCUCAUUAAUAAAAGGAGGGUUGGUAGAAAACUUCUUUGGCAACCCAGAACUUUGUGUGUUGGUCUAUGUUAAUUCCUUUGAUCAAAAGUUUCCCAUUUGUUCAAAAACUCACAACCGAAAGAAACUAAAUUCCAUCUGGGCAAUUGGAGUUUCUGUUGUUCUCAUCCUUCUGGGAGCUCUCCUUUUCUUAAAGCGCCGGUUUAGUAAAGAAAGAGCUGUGAUAGAACAUGAGGAGACAUUGUCUUCAUCUUUCUAUUCAUAUGAUGUAAAAAGCUUCCAUCGAACAAGUUUCGAUCAACGCGAGGUGAUCGAUGCCAUGGUGGACAAGAACAUCGUGGCGCAUGGAGGAUCUGGGACGGUGUACAAAAUUGAGUUGAGCAAUGGGGAAAUUUUUGCUGUGAAAAAGUUAUGGAAUCAAAGAAUAAAACAAACUACUUCAGCGGGUCAAUUGUUCAUAGACAAGGAGUUAAAAACAGAGGUGGAAACUCUGGGAAGUAUAAGGCACAGAAACAUAGUCAAAUUGUACUGCUACUUCUCAAGUUUAGAUUGCAGCAUGCUUGUUUAUGAGUAUAUGCCGAAUGGCAACCUUUGGGAUGUUCUUCACAAAGGUUGCAUUCAUUUGGAUUGGCCUACUCGCCAUCAGAUUGCAUUAGGCAUUGCACAAGGUUUAGCAUAUCUCCACCAUGAUCUACUCCAUCCAAUCAUUCACAGAGACAUCAAGUCAACCAAUAUCCUUUUAGAUGUUAAUUACCAGCCCAAAGUCGCAGAUUUUGGCAUAGCCAAGGUUUUACAAGCAAGAGGAGGGAAGGAUUCAUUCACUACAGUAGUUGCAGGGACUUUUGGUUACUUGGCACCAGAAUAUGCAUAUACAUCAAAGGCAACAACCAAGUGUGAUGUGUACAGUUUUGGAGUAGUUCUAAUGGAACUGAUAACUGGGAAGAAGCCAGUAGAGCCAGAGUUUGGAGAGAGCAAGAAUAUCAUCUAUUGGGUCUCAAAAAACGUGGACACAAAAGAAGGAGCUUUGGAGGUCUUAGACAAGAGAUUAUCAGAGUUGUUCCAGGACGAGAUGAUCAAGGUUCUUCUCAUUGCCAUUCGUUGUACCUACAAAGCCGCAGCCCUUCGCCCAACCAUGAAGGAAGUUGUUCAGUUGCUGAUUGACGCUGACCCCUGUGCAUUCGAUUGCUGCAAAUCUUCAAAUAAGAUUAAAGAAUAAACAAUUUUGAUUUAUGAGUACAUCAUGAGGACUUGGCAUCUGUAUAUAUAUAUAUAUAUAUAUAUAUAUAUAUAUAAACUCUCUCUCUCUCUCUCUCUCUCAAAGUGAAUGGGAGACUCACCAUCAUAAAGAGCAACUUACUAUGAUAUUGUCUUUGUAAUUUUUAACAACAUUAGUUUGUAGAUUUUGACAGUUUUAUUUU